AUGACCAAGUCUUGGAAAAGUUCUGUGGAUUUUCUGGACAAGUUUGUGUCUGAUAGUCACAAACUGACCCCAGAACAGACGUAUUUUACUUAUAAGGGUAUUUUGUUUCCUGUAGCUGCUUGUAAACCUGAAACUAUCCAAGCUCUUGAAACCUUUGAAGCCAGGCUUGAUGAUAUCUUCCUGUGUGGAUACCGUAAAACAGGUACCAACUGGGUUGAACACAUCCUAAACCACUUGGCAAUCACAGCUGCAAAAUAUACAGAAGAAGAAGUGGAAGAGAGAAUUAGUAUUGCAAGGGAAUUAGCCAUAACACCACGCCUUGAGUUUGGUGAUCCAGACAAAUUCAAGAAGAUGGAAAAACUACCUUCCCGAAGAAUCAUCGUAACUCAUCUUCAUCCUCACAUGCUGCCUACAUCUAUUUUCAGAAAUAAAGCCAAGGUGCUGGUACUGAUUCGAAAUCCAAAAGACACAAUGGUAUCUUCUUUUCAUUUUAGAAACAAGCUAUCUUCCUUUCCAGUGUCAACAUGGGAUGAGUAUUUCACAGAUUAUAUGAAUGGAAAAGUGUCUGGAGGCUCCUACUUUGACUAUGUCAAAAGAUGGGACAAGUACAUUGAUGACGAAAAUGUUAUGGGCAUCAGUUACGAAGAGCUGAAAGAGAACCUAAAUUUAGGAGUACAAAAAAUUGCUAAAUUCUUUGGGCUUUCCCUGAACAAUGAAGAGAUUGAAGGUGUUGUGGAAAAGAGCAGCAUUGAUGCUUUGAAAGAGAGAGCCCAUGAAACCCAUGGAUUAUUUGGAGCCAUUCUUUUCAGCAAAGGACAUGUUGGUAACUGGAAAAGCAUGUUCACUGAAUCUCAAAGCCAGGCAAUGGAUAAAAAAUUUGAAGAGCAUUUAGCUGGAACUAAACUAGGAGCAAAAGUGAAGUAUGAUGUUUAUGGGACUGCACGUUGUGAGGCGGGAGCACCACCUUUUGAAAAUAUUCCUGUUGCUAGAAAUGGAUCCUGAAAUAUGUCUUAACUUUCUGCUUUGUGUACAGUAUUUGUCAAAAUAUGGUUAUUGUAAUACCUGGUUAGCCAGUUGGACCCAACCAUAAAUCUUAUUCAUAUAUUUGAUUUUAUGUUUCUGUUUUAUCAUCUGUUUAAUGUGUGCCACUCAUAGAACCCUGGAGAUGCCUCAGGAGUAAAAUAAAUAAAUGUAUA